CCACCGUAGCUGUCAUGGCGUGCCUGGUAGGAGCUGUGUUUGCUGUUUUACUUCUAUGUUUGUUAUUUAUUAUCCGAUUAUAUUAUGUUGUGAAGACUGGCUCGAGCUAUAAACCUGGAACCAGAGGUCCGGUCGUUGUUCUCGUCGUCGCAGGAUCAGGUGGUCACACCACAGAGGUCCUGAGGCUGAUGGAGUGCCUGUCUGCAGCCUACACACCGAGACACUAUGUUAUUGCUGACACUGACAGUAUGAGUGAAGAGAAGAUCUGCACCUUUGAAAACUCUAAACAACACUCAGACUCUGAGGCACAGUUCACCAUCUGUCGGAUCCCACGGAGCCGGGAGGUGCAUCAGUCCUGGAGCUCCUCUGUUCUCAGCACUCUGGAUGCUCUGCGCUAUUCUCUUCCUCUGGUCUUCAGACUCAGACCUGACAUGGUGCUGUGUAACGGCCCAGGGACCUGCGUUCCCCUCUGUGUGGCAGGACUCCUGCUUGGAAUUCUGGGAAUGAAGAAAGUCUCGAUAGUUUAUGUUGAAAGCAUUUGCCGGAUAAAGACGCUGUCCCUCACGGGGAAGAUCCUGUACCCAAUAUCCGACUAUUUCUUUGUGCAGUGGUCCUCUCUGAGAGACAAAUACCCCAGAUCCAUUUUCCUUGGAAGACUAGUGUGAAAACUAUCAGUUACAUGGAAACACAAAUGUUGGAUGAAAUAUGUUGUAAUGUUUGUUGUAAUGAUCAUGAAUAAAUGCUCUUUUUUUUGUUAACACCUUGUUAUAAUUGAAUAGUUCUGUAAGGUCUAACUGCAGUAUACUUGAAGUUACAUAGAAAAACAUUAGAUUCUCUUAUUUAUAAGAAAACCAAAAAUACCAUCUUAUAAAGGAAGAAAUGCCAUAGUUCAACAACAUAAAUACCUUUCACAGCCAACAGGUUGUUCCAUUCUUGUCAAGGAGGUGUGUUCAAAAGUUCUUGGAGCACACAAACCAAAAUAUUUGUCUAAGCUAUGGCUCACGGGGUGUCUUUUUCACCCCUGCAGUCAAAAGAUCCACCCAGUUCAGUCCCGUAUACCUGGGUUGGUUGGGGCACACUAUUUCUCCUCUGUAGCGGCUUAGGUCAUAAAGAAGUAGGUGGGCUGUGGCGGCAAACGACUUGCAUUCACGAUCAGUGUGGUUGGGUCCAUGUUAUGUCAUGGUAGGACGUUUAACCUCCAAAUCCACUAAACCAGCCUGAACAUGAAGACAAUAUGGAACAAUUGCAGGAGAGUCUGUCAAGUGGAGCCAGUUAGCUGCCGGACCCUGGUCCCAGUUGCUUCAUGCUACGCUACCAGUCUGCAUUCGAGUGGCUGCACUUAGCGCAGGUCCAACUCUAAUCACUUUCCGUCUGUGUCUCUGCAAUUUCAUUCUGAUCCAUCUUAAUGAAAAGUGGAUGAAAGCUCUGGAGAAAGCAAGUAAAUUGACCCUGAGCCAAGAUUACCAAUUGAUAAAACCUGACUGAACAACUUUUCUGACUCGUUUUUCAGAGGAAAGGUCGCUGUCGGGGCGGCUGUCGCUCAGAGGGUUUUCCUCUAAUAGGAUGAUCGGCGGUUUGAUCCCCAGAUCCUCCGGUCCGCAUAUCGAAGUGUCCACUGAACCCCAAAUUGCUCCCGAAGUAUGUGCCAUCGGUGUGUGAAUGGUUAGUUUAGAUCCUGAUGGGCAGGUGGAACCUUGCAGCCCCUGCCAUCAGUGUUUGUUUGGGAGAAUGUUGACAUGUAGUGUACAGGGCUUUGAGUGGACGGAGCACUCAAAAGGCACUAUGAAAAUGCAUUAACUGGUUUCUGGCUGCAGGUUUGACAUUUGGGAGCUAAGGUGGUUUUGUCUACUUGGGAUAGACGUUAGAGGACCAAAAAUAAUGAUUUCAGCUGAUUUUAGCUGUCACUGUCGCUGUUUAGAGAAACCCAGCACUUUAUUUCUUCGCUGUUUUUUAUGGGACAUGAAUUUGUCACUUGUCUUCAGUAUAAAGAAUGCUGUAUUUAUGCAUGAUAUGUACCAGUGGCAGCAUGUUUACACAGAACAGCAGGGGGCCUUGGGCAACACUACAGAACAGAGGGGCCACAAACUACCGAAAAGAUUUGAACCAC